GAAAAAAACUCCAGCAAUUCAUACAGUUUAUAUUAAAGAAUUUUAAGGUGUAUGUGAAGUUAUGCAAAACAUUGCUUCAAGUGAAAUUCUAAACUGUCAAUUUGACUUUAAACAGAUCUUGACACAUGUCCAAAGACUUCACAGCUUCACCCCAGGACUCAUGACACCCACAUGACAGCCGAAAAAACUAUUACAGAGGAUUUUUAUAUUAAAACCAGGACCUGAUUGCAGUAAUGGAGCUCAAUGGAGCAGGAACUACUUUGCCCAAGUCAUUCUAUUUACAUUUCAAUUGCAUCUGGACUGAAUAUCCAUAGACCUACAAGACGCUGAUGAAACAAACAUAUGGAUUUAAGGAAGAGGUUUGCAGAGGGAGUGAGGAAAUUCCACUGGUCCAUGUAAGAGUGAAAUACAAGGCCGGGGCAGGGGGUGUCACAUUUUCCCCUGUGACCCUCUACAAACAUGCUGGUGACCGCCAAACAGUGAAGAUACCCAUCAAUAAACGUCCAGCUCACCCUGCAUAUCACUAAUGCUGCCUGAACACCCCUGUCCUAUGACCGCCUCUUUUCCAAGGAAUUCUGUCCCCGAUCACAUGUGCCCUGACUGAGAAAACAAUCCGGCAGUCCGAUGCAGCCUGAAGCAUCAAGACAAGCUUUUCUUCAACUAACAUGGUCCUUCAGCUACUUAAGAUCAAUUAAUGAGCACGUUCCAGGAAAGAUAAGAAUGGAUUGUCGCUAUGCACUUUGCUUUGGGGGCUGUUAAUGAUUCAGCCCUUGGUGCCAUAAAGUGCAGAUCUGUGGCUAAAGUGUCAGUGGAACUCUGCUUCUCGGACUCUCCCUCUCUGCUCUUUUGCCUCAUCACAGGAUGACACCAGAGGAGCUAGCGCCCACCGAUCCAGAAAACGGGGACGGUGGAAGGGAUGUCCUGGGUAACAGAUGCUGGAUCCAGGAGCUGAGGAAGGUUCUCACAUGGCGUUUGCUGAAAACCACAGCCAUGGGUCAGAUGCUGUCUGCUAUGAUCUGCGGCUCGGCCAUCUGCUCUCAGUACCUGGCCACGGACUUCCAUGUUAACGCGCCCAUGCUUCAGAACUUUAUAUAUUAUGCGCUGCUGUUUCUGACCUACUCCACAAUUUUGGCCUGCCGCAAAGGCAACAGAAAUAUUUUGCAGAUUUUGAAGACAGAUUGGUGGAGAUAUGGGCUGAUAGCUCUGGCAGACGUUGAGGCUAAUUACACCUUAGUGAAAGCCUACCAGUAUACGACGUUGACCAGUAUCCAGGUGAGAGCCCAUCGUUUGUUUCACUGGGACGCCCACGGUGAACAUUUCCUCAUAGCUCAGUCUGAAGCCCCUGCCUUCCAGCUGCUGGACUGCUUUGUAAUCCCAGUGCUGAUGGUGCUGUCCUGGUUCAUCCUGAAGGCCCGAUAUCGGGCAAUGCAUUACGUGGCCGUGGUGAUCUGCUUGCUGGGGGUCGGGGCCAUGGUGGGGGCUGACGUGUUGUCUGGACGAGACCAAGGCUCCUCCAGUGACAUCUUGCUGGGAGACGGGCUGGUGCUGCUCAGCGCCCUCAUGUAUGCGGUCACCAACCUGGGCCAGGAGUUUUCUGUCAAGCAUGGGAGCCUCUUGGACUUUCCGGGCAUGAUGGGGCUGUUCGGGAUUCUGAUCAGCGGCAUUCAGUGCGCUGCCCUGGAGCAGAAAGACAUCACCGCGAUCAGGUGGAACUGGAGGAUUGGCCUGCUCUUUGCCGCCUAUGCCCUCUGCCUGUUUUUGCUCUACAGCUUGAUGCCUUUGGUCAUUAGGCUAACGAGCGCCACUACGGUCAACCUCUCUCUGCUGACCUCCGACAUCUUCAGCUUCUUCUUUGGGGUCUUCCUGUUCCACUACACCUUCUCAGGCCUGUACAUUGUCUCCUUCGUGGCGAUUCUCGUGGGCUUCGUGAUGUUCAAUGCCACCACCCUGGCCUCCACGGCGCCGGUGUCACCAGCAAAGCGCGACGAGGUCCAGGGCGUCAUAGACGGGCCCGUGCCAGGCCCGGAGGUCAAGGAUGGACCGGACGGCCAGGUCCUGUUUCAAGAUCAAGCCGGAGCAGCAGAGCAGGAAGUGAUACGGAGCACUAAGAUGUAGGUCAUGUGACCAGGACGCUUCGCCCACAGGAGCCCAUGACAAUACAGCCAGUCCCUGACACCAAUCUUACAAGCCCCCUUUACUUUAAACAGGCUUUAAGUGGGCAAAAGCAGUUUUUUAUUUCUUGGCAGUAUUUUAUGUUUCACUAAUGAUGCUAAGAGGCAGAAGGGAACCUUAUAUGAGCAAAAUAUCUGGUAAGAUGACACUUGAUGCACUGGCUGUUUUAAUCGUUUAAAGACAGCAGGACGCGGUGGCAUUAGGGUUUGAUUGGUGCCACUUCGUAUUUCAAGCUUUGGUUUAAGUGUAAGAACAAAGGUUCCCAAACUCAGCCUCCGAACCCCAGAUGUUAGUCCACCUAUGGAGAUAACGGGAGAUAACCCUGUCAUUUUGGUUUGGGGACUUAUACUCUGCAUGUAAUAUGAAGAAAUUGUUUGUAAAACUGAUGUUUAUAAACUGGUAACAUGUAA